GUUUUAUGCGCGAAUUAUCAACAAAUAGUGUCUUCGAUAAUUUUGAUAAAAAAUACGAAGCGAUUAACAUUAUAAAAUUAAUAACUCACUGUUUUAAUACUAAAUAAUCUAAUUUUACUCAUAUGUGCAAUCAUUAGAUAAAAAUUUUCAAAUUUAAAUUGUUACAGUUACAAAUGCUAUAAACAAAACAAUUGUAUCAAUGUCAGUUUUCAAGUUAGUUAUCUUUUAUAUUUCGGCUAGUAAACAUAUCCGUUCCCUUUUUCCAUAUUUAAAUUUUGAACUUUUGGUUAUCGACUAUGUGUUAUAUCAACAAAAUUAAACCUCUGAUUGACUUCGCUGUAACUGGAUCCUUCGUAUUCCGUCGAGUAAACAUCGAAGCUCUCUCAGGAUCUUUCCUGUAAGUAGCAGUGAAGAAUUAAAAAGUUCAUUUCAAUUGCGCGCGUAGUAAUGAAGUAGAGUUUUUGUAUAGCUAAAAUAAAAAUAUCGCCAAGAUAGAAGCAGAGUUUGUUCAUAUGCAAUCGUUAGAGUCAAUGUUUGUUCUCAAAGUUUUUGGUUUUUAGCUGUCGCACAAAUUGUAUUUAUUAAGACAGUAAAGUUUCAUGAAUUAACUUUAGACCGUUCGUUAAAAAAUAUCUACCGCGUAUUAGAGUCAGUGGAUUAUUGAAGAGCAUCUCUACCAAAUUCAAUGCCGACCUAUUUCAUUUUCAACCACCUAUCAAUGAUCCAGAAUCAAUCACUCUCAAUUUCGAUCUAAAUCUUGGACAAGUAUUUUGGAGCCAUUGCAGAACUUCUUAAGUAAAAAACGCAGUUUGAUGGCUUUUUCACAACCAAAUUCAAGAGAAUUGCAAAACCGAAAAAUCUUAGAAGAGUUACAGUUAAAGAAACAAAUGUUAUUGAAACAAGGUGUUGCGCCGACUUUAAAUACAUCAUUAGCUGUUACUUCUACUGGCUCUGCAUCUACUGUGCCUACUACACAAUCUACUGAUGGAGUAGCAAUGAGUGCAUCGCAAAGAGCUGCUUUACAUAAUGCACAUGCAGCAUCUACAGGUUACUUUGUUACACAAGACUCUUCUUUUGGCAAUUUAAUUUUACCAGUUCUUCCAAGAUUUGAUACUAAAUGAAUUCUUGGGUGCAUUUUAUU